AUGCAAAGGCGUCGUCUGGGUCGGAAUGGUGGAGCUUUUGUUCAAGCCUUUGAAGAUGUGCUCGACUCAGCCUCAGACCUCGAAUAUACGUCAAGCAGUGAGCAGUCCUGUACCACUGUCAUAUACUUGGGUCGCUCUCAUCCUCUCAGAAAGCUAAACGCUUCGGAUCGACCUAAACGGCUGACUACUAUCGAGAAGAAGGAGACGACGCAGAAAACUGAAGAGAAGAGCGAUCCAGUGCAAGUCAGAUCUCCAGUACUCUCUCAUCACCGGCGUUUCAAGGGUCGAAGCGGUCACAAAGUCCACGCCGAGACCAUGGCUCACGAGCUGUGGGUAGAUGGACCGAAGGCUACAGCCGACAUUGCCAUGAGUCCGCAUUUCGUGGAGAAGUCUGCCCAUUUUGGGACCCCAUCGAGAAGGCGACGAAGUGAAUCCAUCUCCGACAGAGAUCAGGUUACUGGCCGACAUCUGUGGAACAUUUGUUUAGAGCACUGA